CCCCGGUUGCACGUGUAGUUGUUGUGGUUCGACCGCAAGCGGCCGCGGAAGUGCAGGCACCACAAGACCCGCCUCCAAGAUGGCGGCGCCCACGGCAUGGGGCCGAGGUCUUUGUCUGCUCGGCCUCUAAUUGUAGCCUUGACGCGGUCGGCCGGGCCAUGGACCGGCUUGGGUUCACGGCCUCGCUGGUGGCUGGUGGGUUAGCAGGUGUCUCUGUUGACUUGAUAUUAUUUCCUCUGGAUACCAUUAAAACCAGGCUGCAAAGUCCCCAAGGAUUUAAAAAGGCUGGUGGUUUUCGUGGAAUAUAUGCUGGUGUUCCUUCUACUGCUGUUGGAUCCUUUCCUAAUGCUGCUGCCUUUUUUAUCACCUAUGAAUAUGUGAAAUGGUUUUUAUACACUGAUUCAUCUUAUUUGAUGCCUGUGAAGCAUAUGUUGGCUGCCUCUGCUGGAGAAAUGGUUGCCUGCCUGAUUCGAGUUCCUACUGAAGUAGUUAAGCAGAGGGCACAAGUAUCUGCUUCGUCAAGAACGUUUCAUAUUUUCUCUAACAUCUUAUAUGAAGAGGGCAUCCAAGGAUUGUAUCGAGGCUACAAAAGCACGGUUUUAAGAGAGAUUCCUUUCUCAUUGGUCCAGUUUCCAUUAUGGGAGUCCUUAAAAGCCCUCUGGUCCUGGAGGCAGGAUCGUGUGGUGGAUUCUUGGCAGUCAGCAGUCUGUGGAGCUUUUGCAGGUGGAUUUGCAGCUGCAGUCACCACACCUCUGGAUGUGGCAAAGACAAGAAUCAUGUUGGCAAAGGCUGGUUCCAGCACGGCUAGUGGGAAUGUCCUAUCUGCCCUGCACGGGGUCUGGCAGACACAGGGGCUGUCAGGAUUGUUUGCAGGUGUUUUCCCUCGAAUGGCAGCAAUCAGCCUGGGAGGUUUCAUCUUUCUUGGUACGUAUGACCAAACUCACAGCUUGCUGCUGGAGCUUGGCAGAGAGAGCCCCUGAAUCAGAGACGGUGCUGCGUCCACUUCUGUCAAGAAAGGGUACUGCUGUGAGAACUGUCUCCCUUCCGGUGAGCAGCUGUUUGGCCAUCUGAACAGCAAAACUCAGUGCUGAAAUCCAAUUUUGCUAAGAUUAUGACAUUGAGAAUGCGUCUCCCAUGCUAUAGGCUGCUGGAAUGACGUUGUCAGCCUCUGCCAGAAGGUUAAGAAACAAAGAGAAAAUGACGUCCACAGCAGUCCUUGGAACAGUUUUCUCUAGAACCCCUUAAUAAAUGAACCCCUUAAUAAAUGAGUUUGGUAACGCUGA